AUGAUUAUACAUCUCGUUUCAGAAUGUGAGGCGGGAAAGUUCGGCGAGGACUGCACCGAGACGUGCCACUGCCUGGAUGACGUAGCGUGCGACAGGGUCACAGGUCACUGCCCCAACGACACAUGCGCAGGAGGAUGGGUGGGAGAGAUCUGCCAGGACAGACCCUGCUCAGAGGCCCCCUGUCAGAAUGACGGCACCUGUCUGGACACACCUGAGGAAGGCCCGGACUACUACACCUGCACCUGUACCGAGGGGUGGGAGGGAACCGACUGUGACGAAG